AUGCACCAUUCUAGGGAGACUGGCCUGAGAAUCUAUGGCAGAGUGAUUGCGAGCUUCCAGGGGGUUAGGGCUGACAUCCAGAUAGCCCUAGUUACCUUUAGUCAGCGAUGGCAUGCCUAUCUAGGCCUAGCUCCUGACCAGUUAAUCAUUCACUCUCUAUUCUAUAAUAGGGAGGCUAGUGAUCAAGCCCUCAGGCAGCAAGAUCUAUAUCUAGAUCUAGAUCGAGAUCAGGGUCAGCUAGCUAGGCAGCUAGAUCCAUCAAGAUCAAAUCUAGCAUCUCACCAGCAGCUAGAUGAGGGUCUGCUAGAUCACAUGCUCAAAGAGUUUAUGCAAGAUGAUCAGGUGACCUUUAGAAGCCCUAAGCAGCGCCAGGCUUUUCAUCUUAUUAUAAAACAGGUGCCCUAUCUAUUUUUAGUGCUUCCUACUGCUGCUGGCAAAACCACACUAUUCCUUUUUAGGGCUAGUCUAGCCACUAGUCAGGUUACUAUAGUAAUAGUGCCAUUGAUUUCCCUAAAGCUAGACCUCUCUAGGAAAGCUGCUGCCUUAGGCCUUCAGCCUACUAUCUGGGAACCUGGUCAGGUCAUGCCACUAGCCAGUUCUAGGGUGAUCUUAGUGCAAAUUGAACAUCUAGAUCACCCUAGCUAUCGGCCAAUUAUGUUGCGUGCCUGGCAUGCCCUAGCCCUACCUGUGCCUAUGGUAUUCAGCUCAGCUACCUUGCCUCACCACCUCCAGGCUGAGCUAGUUGAUAUGAUGAAGCUAGGGUCCCUGCCUGAGGUUCCAAUAGUUAGGGCUGACCUAACCCUACUAAAUAUGGCAUAUAUGGUUGAGAAGGUCCCUGACCGCCUGCCUGAAUCAGAAUAUGCCUCCUAUCUCCGGCAGUCUAGUACUACUGCUCAGGCUAGUGCUCAGGCUAGUGCUCAGGCUAGUGCUCAGGCUAGUGCUAGUGCUAGGACUAGGGCUAAUGUGAUCAUCUUCUGCCGAACAAAGCGGCUAUGGCUACUAGGGCCAUUGGGGCAGGUUUUAUGCAAGAAUCUGGUCGCGCAGGCAGGUCACCUGACCAGCCUGGAUAGUUAUAUUGCCUAG